ACAGCGACGUUGUCAGUCAGUCAUCAGCUGUUUACAAACAAGGGGGGGCUGUCAGUGACAAAGUGUUUUGCGGCGUGGGAGCCCCAAAAUGGCCACAGCCCUGUCGUAUGCAGACCUUAGGAAACAAGCGCGCCAACUGGAGAACGCCAUCGACCUGAAGCUGGUCGCCUUCAGUAAACUGGGGGCGGGCAUCCAGUCGCCCCACAGUCACCAUGGCGACACGACGCCCCUCUUGUCCGGUGAGGACACUUUUGAGGCGAUGUCAGCGGAAAUCGAGGAUUUGCUGAACAAAUUGAAUUUGGUGAAUGAGCGGCUGGCCGAGCAGCCGGUUUCCGGCGCUGCCAUGUUGCACACGAUCCAGAGGCAUCGGGAAAUUAUGGCCGAUUUGGCGCGCGAUUUCCGCAAAACCAACUCCCAACACGAGAGCAGAAGAGAGAGGGAGGAUCUCCUGAAGGGCGGCACGGACAGUUUUAGGGGCGACGGCGUCAACAACCGCCGCGACAUCUACCUGAAGGAGAGCCAACAUAUACACAACUCUGACCAUUUGGUGAAUGAGCAAAUUGCCAUCGCCGUUGAAACACGGGAGCAUCUGUCCAGUCAGCGCCAGACGUUCAAGCGGCUGCAGACGCGAUUUAAUGACAUUUCCAACAAAUACCCGCUGAUCAACAGUCUGAUCAAUCGCAUCAACAUCCGCAAACGGCGCGAUUCCUUCAUCAUCGGGCUGGUGGUGUUUCUGUGCACCGUCCUGAUGCUGUUCUAUGCGUUUAGUUAGGUGCCGACUUUUUUUCAAAUUUAUAUUGUCGUUUAUUUGAAUAAAUCGGCUUCACAGGCCA